AUGAAUCGUUCACUUCUCCGCGCAGCCACGCGCUCGCUCGCUCGCCCCUCUACCGCCGCCCGGCGGUAUGCCUCGUCCGGCGUGUUCAACUGGGAGGAUCCGCUGGCCGCCGCCGAGCUGUACACCGAGGAGGAGUUAGCGAUCCAGGACACAGCACGGCAAUACUGCCAGGACCGGCUGAUGCCACGGGUGCUGGAGGCCUACCGCAACGAAGACUACGACCGCCGGAUCCUCGAAGAAAUGGGCGAGCUGGGCCUACUGGGCGCCUCGAUCGAGGGAUAUGGCUGCGCAGGCGUCAGCACCGUGGCCUCAGGACUGAUCAAUAAGGAAGUCGAGCGCGUCGACUCCGGAUACCGCUCGGGCAUGUCGGUGCAGAGCUCAUUGGCCAUGACGGGCAUCUACGAGUUCGGCACAGAGGAGCAGAAGCAGCGCUGGCUGCCUAAUCUGGCCAAGGGGAAGCUUUCUGGCUGCUUUGGAUUGACGGAGCCGAAUCACGGCUCGGACCCGGGGUCCAUGGAGACUGUCGCGCGUGAGCACCCGACCCAGAAGGGCAUGUAUCUCCUGUCCGGGAGCAAGACCUGGAUUACCAACUCGCCGAUCUGUGAUCUGGCCCUCGUCUGGGCGAAGCUCGAGUCUACGGGGAAGAUCAAGGGAUUCGUCAUUGAGCGCGAGCGCUGUCCGCCCGGUACGUUUGAGACGCCUGCGCUCAAGAAUAAGAAUGGGCUGCGCGCGUCCGUCACCGGCAUGAUCCAUAUGGAUAGCUGCCCUGUUCCUGCGGAGAACAUGUUCCCGGAUGUCGAGGGCCUCACGGGUCCCUUCACCUGUCUGAACAGCGCGCGGUUGGGAAUUGCCUUUGGCAGCAUGGGCGCCCUGGAGGACUGCAUUGCGCGGGCGCGCGAGUACAGUCUCGAGCGCAAGCAGUUCAAGGGCAACCCGCUGGCCAAAUAUCAACUCAUCCAGAAGAAGCUGGCAGACGCAGCGACAGAUGCCGCGUAUGGCACCCUUGCGGCGACGCAGGUGGCCCGGCUGAAGGAUGCGGGCAAGGCCACACCCGAGAUGAUCUCCAUGAUCAAGCGCCAGAACUGUGACCGCGCGUUGGCCAACUCGCGAAUUCUCCAAGAAAUCUUCGGCGGCAAUGCGGCCAGCGACGAAUACCACAUCGGCCGCCAUGUGUCCAACUUGUUUGUGGUGCAGACAUACGAGGGCCAGAGCGACAUCCACGCUUUGAUACUGGGCCGUGCCAUUACUGGCGUGCAGGCCUUUGUUUGA